AUGCUUCCUCGCUCUUCAGCGCGUUCCCUGAGCGUCUACCUGGCUGUCUUUGUCCUCUCCUGCUCCCAUGUCCUUACCGCGAACGAUGACGAUGCGGAUGGAGGCGGAAAGGUCAAGCUCAAGUUCUCGUAUCCUCGAAGGGUACCGAGAGUUUCUAUGUCAACAAUCAACAGCAUGAACAAGCUCAUGCCGCCCAAGCCAGCGAGUUGGCCGACCGCGUUCAGCAUCAAGUUCAGAACAAACAUUACCCAGGGCUCAACCAAACAGCAGAGGGAGGGACUUUUGUGGUAUGAUGCGAGCCAAGGUCAAAGGAUUUUUCACCAGAGAGGAAGUUCUGAGUGUGUACAAUAUUACAAGACGAAGGAAAACUGCUCGCUGGUAUUCAACUCAGAAGGAAUGUACGCUCUGGUGUCAAGCUCCUCCUCCUCGUCGUCGUCGUGCUGCCUGGACCUACCCAACUUCCAUGCGCCGAGGCCCAACUGGACACAAACGAAGCACACCUUUAUCGAGACUAAGAAGAUCAAUGGCAGGAUGUGCCAUGGAUUUCGCUAUGCCGAAACUUCGUUUUCGCGCAGCCAUGCUGCUAAAGGACAUGUGUACUGGCAGGAUGUCAAGACGGGGCUGCCUUGCGCAUUCAUGUUUGACGAUUCAGACUUUGAUUGGUACUUUGACGUUACCUCGGUCUUGUACGGACCGCAGGACGCAAAGCUCUUUGCUGUGUCUGCAGAGUGCAUCUCUCAAAAAUGUUCCACAGACGCGUCCCGGUCCUCUGUCGCCUAG